ACAUAAUAUAAUAUAAUACUAACAAAGCUUUAUUAACAAUUAAUAUAUGGUUAUGCAGAUGUUUGUGUACAGCAUAUCUUGGGCAGGAUGGGUUCCUUAUGCUCUAGCAGGUUGUUCUAUUUUUGGGGUUUUUGUGCGCCCAAGUAUAUGCAGUAUUGCAUCCAAACAAGUUGGUCCUAAUGAACAGGGAAUGGUUGAAGGAUGUCUCUCUGGAGUUAGCUCCAUGGCGCAAAUUGUUUCUCCCUUAAUAUUCAGUCCACUCACAGCGUUAUUCUUGUCUGAAGAAGCACCCUUCUAUUUUCCUGGGUUUAGUAUAAUGUUCCUUGGCCUUGCAAUGGUUGUUGCAUUUAUACAGAGCUUGAUGAUCCGAGCCGCUCCUCCUAUCGAAAAAAUUAGCAGUGGCAUAGAUACAUUGGUCUGAGGUGGAGACAUGAUCUUGUUUUCUGCUUCAACAAAAUUGUUCAUACUUACACCCUAUGAGACCAUGAAUUACAGGACAGUAAAAGCAAUCGUGUUUCAUGUUAUAUAACUAAUGAGCAUGGAAUCAAGUAUAGAACUAUAUACUUUGACAGUGGGGGGGUAGGAAACAGAACAUCAAAUGCAAAGCACGGCUAAUUAAUUCUUGUAUGC